AUGAAUUCCAUUCCAGACUCUUACUCACUAAAACAAGACUUUCCCGAUACUUUGGGUGAUUUUGUCGACCCUUCUCACCCUCAAAUGCGGGUGAACUAUAAUCAUCCCUCAGCAUCGGCGUCUGUAUCUUCGGUCCCUCCUGCCCAGCCUGCUCCUACUGCUUCUGGCCCAGACGUUAAUCCAUCCACUGUAAAUCCAUAUAUUCAAAAUCCACCUCUAGACAUUUCAAGUCCUUUCGACAAUGUCACACAGGGAUUAACGGGCGCUGAUGCAGAAGCUCUCGCUGAGUAUUGGCAGAAAACCAUUGAUACUCUGGAAAACAACGACCAGGCCGUCAAAACAUUGCAUCUUCCUUUGGCCCGUAUCAAAAAGGUAAUGAAAACCGACGAAGAUGUCCGAAACAAAAUGAUUUCCGCCGAAGCUCCUUUCCUUUUUGCCAAAGGAAGCGAAGUUUUUGUUACUGAACUCACAAUGCGUGCUUGGCUACUCGCAAAGAAGAACCAACGACGAACUCUUCAGCGAUCUGAUAUUGCCAACGCCAUCUCCAAAUCCGAAAUGUAUGACUUCUUAAUUGACAUUAUAUCUAAAGAUAAUAUUUCCCCCGCUCCUUCAGUGUCUCAGUCUCAAGUUAUUAAUCAGUCUGCCGCAAUUCCUCCUGCCCCUGUCUCUGGAAUCCCCUCAUAUCCUGGACAAUCGGGAAUGCCUUCUCAGUCGAUAGGUUAUCCUAUGGGGUCUGGAGGAGUUCAGCCUGCAUACUCUUCUCAAGUAGCAGCUGCUAACCAACGAGCCAUGCACUACGGCUCUCAUCCUGCUUCUGGGUAUUUGCCAGUACAAGAAAUGGAACAAUCUCUCAUGUUUAAACAGCCAGGCAUAGGCCCUGAUUAUCAACAUAUGCAAAUGCCUGACGCUCCUAUGAACAUGGCUUCUGUAAAUCCUCCACGUCCCGUCAUGGUCGCUCCGUAUAUGGCUGAGCACCUGUAUCGAUAUCCUCCUACUCAUUUAGAAUCCGGAACAUCUGCUUUCCGGUUUCCUUCGGGCAUGAGGUAUCAGCAAAUGGGUCCUCCUAUACAAGGUUUACAAAGAGAAAACAUGGGACCUUCUCAAUUACACGAGCAUCCAGCCUAUGCACAACCUCCUCAUCAGUCUUCUCCGCCACAACAGUAUGAAUCUCAACCUCCUCAACAGACACAACCACAACAACAUCAGCAACCCCAACAAAGAUUCUACCCUCAACCCAAUCCGAUGUAUUACCAAUCGCAUCAACCUCAAGGUCUUCACAAUCCCAAUGCUGUUCCCUAUCGAACUCAACCGCAUCCCAUGUCACGCUAUUCUCAACAAAACCAGUAA